CAAGCAUCUUCUAAUCGUAGUUACCAAAAUAAGCAAGCUAGCACUAUUUAACAAUCACAACCAAUAACUCGAUCAGACAGUUGUAAACGUUUAUUUCUAUUCGAAGAACUAACAUCUUCGUUCAUAAAGUUCAAUUCGCAAAAUGCGUUUAAUUACCACCCAGUUCAUUUUUAUAUUACUUCUACUGUUUGUUUUGGACCUAUGCAACGCCGCAUCGAAGCAGUCAAAAUCGUCAAUGGCAUUACAAAAAUUUCAUAUUCGUCCAAAUCAAUUCUUCGAAGAACAAUGCGAGAAAGAAAUAAAAUAUCUCAUGAAAUUGGGAGGUCACAAUAAGGGAGAUAAUCCCAGCAGCCAAGAGUGUAUGCUAUUAUGUGGCGUUUAUAGACUUGGAGCAAUAGAUAAUCCCCCUUUGGAGCUGACCGAGCGUUUUCUGGAGGAGAAAAUAAUAGGUCCAACUAAGCAAGAGGCUUUAAAACAAAUUCAUAUGUGCACCCGUGCUGUUAAAAUCCCUGAUGCAUAUAUGUGCUCGCGAGCAAUGAAACUCCUAGAUUGCGCUUUGGAACAUAUUGUUGAUACUAAAUCGAUAAAAGAUGAGCUGAAGAAAAUUAUGGUGUGGGGCUGAAACAUGUAUCUAUUUGUAUGUUAGUAAGGUAAUAGGUACGUAUGUACGUAACGUACUGAAACAUUGAAUACUUUUUUUUUAUUGAAGUAAAAAAUGAUCACUUUCA